CCGUUCUAUAAAAUCCCAUUCUAUUAAAUCCGUGUUUGUUGUCUAGUUGAUCUCCAAUGGCUGAGUCUUUUUUUGCUGCAUGUGCGCUGGAGAUGGUGAAAUACCUGUGUUCCGUGGUUGCCUCAGAAAUCGAAGCGGCUUCGAAGGUGAAUGGUGACCUGAUUUCACUUCAAAAUACUGUGUCCUUAAUUCAAGAAGUACUAGAGCAUGCUGAGAAGCAACAAAUUGCGGAGGAUUCUCUUAAUCGUUGGCUGAAAAGGCUUAAAGAUGUAGCUUAUGAUGCUGUGGACAUUCUUGACGACUUCUCAUAUAAAGCUAUACAUGCUCAAGAAAUGGCAUGUCGGAAGAGGGAUAUGGUGCGUAUAAUUUUUUCAAGCUCAAACUCAGUUGUAUUCAAUCAUAACAUCGCUAGGAAAAUAGGAGAUAUCAAUAGACAAUUGGAUGAUAUUAGAAGAGAUAGGAUUUAUCUUGAUUUUCUAAAAGAUCAUUCCAAUCUCCGUCACGAGGAAAGUAAUAAAGAGAACCAAGAAACAACAUCUUCGCUGGUAGACGACGUAAAAGUAAUUGGACGAGAAAAAGAUAAAGAGAAGAUAAUAAAUAUGUUGCUAACGGCGAGUAACACCUCAUCCCACUCUGCAUCAGCAUCCUCAUCCUCAAGCGGUCGUACUCAUGCAGAUGGGGGAGUUUCAGUAAUUCCGAUUGUAGGGAUGGGAGGCCUAGGAAAGACCGCCUUGGCUCGCCUAAUCUACAAUGAGGAAUUCCUAUCUGAUAUCUUUGCACUGAGAAUAUGGGUCCAUGUUUCUACAGAUUUUAGUGUCAAUGGAGUUCUAAUAAAAGUCAUUGAGUCUAUAACAAAAGCUAAAUGUAGCGAAGAUAAUCUGAUGCUGAUAGAAAACAAAAUUAACAAAUAUUUAAGAGGUAAAAAGUAUCUGCUUGUACUUGAUGAUUUGUGGACUGAGAAGCCUGGUGACUGGGAUACUCUUCGUAAUCACUUAAACAUUGGUGCAACUGGAAGCAAAAUAAUUGUCACCACACGCAGCAAUGAAGUUGCUUUGGUUGUUCGUGGGAAAAGCCCUUCUUAUGAUUUAUCAGAAUUAUCAGAUGAUGAUUGCUGGAUAAUCUUAAGGCAAAGGGCAUUUGCUCCUGGUGGAGCAAAAGCGACUCCGAAAUUGGAAGCACUUGGUUAUAUAAUUGCGCAGAACUGUGGAGGUGUGCCAUUGGCAGCAAAAAGUAUCGGGGGUGCACUAUACUUCAAGAAGAAAGACAGCGAGUGGGAAGCGGUUACCAGAGACAGUAAAAUUUGGGAUCUACACAGAGAAAAUCAAUUGCUACCUGCAUUAAAGUUAAGUUAUAUUCAUUUAUCUUCACAGAUAAAACAGUGUUUUGCAUAUUGCUCGUUGUUUCCGAAAGACACUUUAAUUGAGAAGCAGGUGCUGGUUCAGUUAUGGAUGGCAGAAGGGUUCCUUCAUCGAUCUGGAAAAAAUUCUGACAAACAGAUUGAGGAUGUAGGAAAUGAAUAUUUCGAUUGUUUGCUUGCGAAUUUUUUACUACAAGAUGUACCAGGAGAUGACAAUGGCGAAACUCAUUUCUGCAAAAUGCAUCACCUUGUGCACGAUCUUGCAGAACAUGUUGGAAUGCCAGAAUUCUCCAUUUUGAAGGCUAGUAAGAUUGACAAUGUUGCAGAUAUCCGACGUUUGAGGUUGAGUUUUGAUGAACCUACGUAUCCAAAAUCAUUGGAGAAUGCAUCAAAAUUGCGCACUUUCAUCAGCGAUGUUCAAGGAGAAGAUCAGAGCAUUGAUUAUCACAACUUCUUCAAGAAUAAGCAGUUCCGCGUGUUGGAUUUGCAAUGGAGUGGCAUUAAAGAGCUGCCACCAUCUAUCGAAAAUAUGAAGCAUCUUCGGUAUCUUGAUCUCUCAAACACUAAAAUUGUAGAAUUACCUGAAUUUAUAACAUGUCUCUACAAUUUGCAGACUUUGCUUCUUAGGUAUUGCCACUUUCUACAAAAGUUUCCGAGAAAAAAAAUGGGAUCGCUGAAAUGUCUAAGAUACCUAGAUGUAUCUGGUUCUCAUUUUGAGGUAUUACCGGAGUUCAUUACCAAGCUUAGCAACUUGCGGACUUUGAAGCUGGAAGAUUGUUCUUAUAUUAGAGAGCUUCCGGAGGACCUACAUCAGUUGAUCAAUUUAAGACAUCUGGUACUAAGCGACCACGGAAAAUGGAAUGAAAUGCCAAGAGGGAUUGAGCAUCUGACACAACUUCAAACAUUGCCGGUAUUUAAAGUGGCACGGUACAACGGAGGCACUAGCAGGUCUUCUAUUUGGGAGUUGGGAUAUUUAAAACUGCUUGAAGGAAAUCUACAUAUCAGUAACCUGCAAAAUGUGACAGAAGCAGCAGAUGCCCAAAAAGCAAAUUUGCAGGGGAAACAAAACAUUGGGAGUUUAAUGCUUGAGUGGAGUUGCAGAGGGAAUGUUAAUGAAUGUACUAAUGAUAGUACAGUGAUGGAGCAGUUGCAGCCUAACCCUAGUCUGGUAAUAUUGAAGAUCGUUGGCUUCAUGGGUGUGAAGUUUCCAACAUGGAUGAUUAGUAGUACUAUUUCAUCAGCUCUACCAAAUUUGGUGGAGGUUGAGCUAAAAAAUUGCUAUGGAUGUCAACAACUUCCAGCCCUUGGGCAGCUUCCAAGUCUUAAGGUACUUACAAUAUCUACAAUGGAUGUUGUGCAGUCUCUUGGUACUGAUUUUUACGGCGAAGCACGUCCAACAUUCCUGUCAUUGAUAAGCUUCACUUUACACGACUUGCCUCGCCUAAGGAUGUGGGAGCCGCCAUCAUCAAUUUACACAAGGGGGUUUGCAAGUACUUCUCUACCUACUUCUCUGUCUUCUUUUUCCACCUCUUAUCCUUGCCUUGAGAAGAUGACUGUGGAGAAAUGCCCAAAGUUGGAAAGAAGUCAUGAUCUUACCUUCAUAAGAGGUUUCUUUCCUUGGCUUAAAGAAUACAAACUGGAUGGCGUCAUGAAAAUUCGGAUACCAUACAAGAGAUAUGCUACCUUUAAUUAGGCGAUCAUCUAGUCGAUUUCCUGAAAUGACAUGGAAGUUUUUCGUCACAGCAAAGCCAAAUGCUUGGAAGCUUGUUAAACGCGAUGAGUGGAUCAAGGAAGACCAAAGAUUUCUAUUACAUUCUUUCUUUUAUAAAACUACUGUAUGGUAUAUGUGUUUCAUCUUUACUAUGAACAGUUUGGGUCUUCUGAGUUUAGCUGCAACAAUUUGCUUACUGAAUCCACAUGUAUAAGAUCUUUCAGUUGUCACUCUUCAAGAGAAAACACAUUAAAAUGUACUUUCAGACUUUAUGUAGAACUGAUAUUUGCAAUUUUUAAAGCUAGUAGAUUGAGGAUAUUAUCUCGGGCUAAA